UUAGGAGUGAGACAACAAACAGGUGUGAGAGAUGUCCUUCACUGUUGUCAAAGACAAUAAGGUGACUGUGGUCACUGUGGUGGCUGACCAGAAGAGCAUAUUGCCUCCGCUGUGCCAAAUCUUGAAGACUCUUUGCUACAGUCCGACGUGCUGCUCAGUGGAUAAGGGGCUGAUGCAGACCAGUGUGACUGCAGGUCUCGGGACUGUACAGAUCAUGGUGGGGCUGUUCAACAUCGGACUUGGGCCUGGACGAACAUACAUACAACCUCAGGAUCUGCCUCAUUUGGCUGCUGCAUACUGGCUGGGUGCUGCGUUCAUCAUCGCUGGAAUCACGACCCUUGUUGCCGGGCAGUUUCCCUCUCUUUGUUUGGUAGUCUUUGCCGUAUUGAUGAACAUCAUCGGAGCCAUUUUCGCCAUUAUUGGCAUUGUGCUGUACGGCAAAGACAUAGCAGAAACCUCUGUCUACAGCAUGUGUCUCGCUUGGUUUAUAAAACUGUAUCAUGUUCGUGACAACUGUGGAGAUGUGGCGGCCAUUGCUCAAUACCUGCUGGGAGCUGUGGACAUUGCUCUGAUCGUCAUGGCUGUUCUCCAGCUGUGUGUCUGCAUCAGUUUUGCUGCUCUGGGCAUCAAAGCUCUGAUCAACAGGAAGAAGGAAGAGGGUGAUGUUGAAGGUCAGCAGACACAGCUGAAGGACGUCCUCCUGACCAGUCCUGGUGCUUAAAAUCAAUUCAGCUAAAAACAUAAAAGCACGACUAUGAGUCGUUGUUAGACUUGUGAUUUUAAACACACUUGCUGAAAGUAAUCAAAACUGCUACUUAUCCGGGACACUUUUUGUUCAGUUUGUGUCCAGUUUUUUAUUUGCUUGUCAGUUAUAUUUUAAAGUAAA